AUGGCGGAGAGAACUCGCCGUCCGAAUGAUGUUGUAGUCACAAUCCUAGUGGCCAUCGUGAUCCUCGCAUCUCCGAUCAUAAUUAACGCCGCAGAUUCCAUUAAAUGCACACCUUGUCUCCCAAAACCGUCGCCUCCGCCACCACCUCCUUCUUGUCCUCCCCCGCCUUCACCCCCUUCACCACCGCCGCCGAAAAUUUCCUACUGCCCACCAUCACCUCUGCCGCCACCGCCUCCGCCUCCGCCUACUUACAUAUACGCAUAUCCGCCGGGAAACUUGUACCCCAUAGACCGAGACUUUGGAGCGGCGGCUGCAAGAGAAAGCUUCAAGGUGGUGAAGCUUUUCGUUUCUGGGGUUAUGGUUUUUAUGAUACUUUGA